AUGGCAGCAGCCGGGGCACGAGCGGCAGCAGCUGAUGUAGGUCGAGCCGCUACUGCAGCGGUUGUUGGAGCAUUGGAGGAUAAGUUUGCAGGGUUUAUUGACAGGAUUGGGGAGAAGCUGAAAGGUGUGGUGGAGCAGGCGAUAGAGGAAGCGUCAAAAGGGGGGAAGCUGGAAGCCAUCAUGGCGUCCGAGUCCCUGACAGCCCUAGCAAAGGCUCAGAAACGGACUCCAGUUCAGAGGGAGCGAGCGACUACUGCAAAGAAGAGGCCGGCAGAGAGGGCGGUGGGGAAUACGAGAAUGGAGGGAGAGAGUGGGCCGGUUGUUAGCAGCGGGAGAGCUGGGUUAGCUGGAACAGAGCUGCAGAGAGAAAAGGAGUGUGGGGAGAGGGGUGUGGCCAAGAGAGCGACGGAGGAACAACGCAGAAAUGCAGAGGAGGAGAAGAGGGUGCGGGAGGAGCAGGCAAAGGCGGCAGAGCAGGCAGAGAGAGCGGCAGUGGAACAAUGCAAGAAGGCGGAAGAGGAGAAGAGGGUGCGGGAGGAGCAGGCAAAGGCGGCAGAGCGGGCAGAGAGAGCGGCGGUGGAACAACGCAAGAAGGUGGAAGAGGAGAAGAGGGUGCGGGAGGAGCAGGCAAAGGCGGCAGAGCGGACAGAGAGAGCGGCGGUGGAACAACGCAAGAAGGCGGAAGAGGAGAAGAGGGUGCGGGCGGAGCAGGCAAAGGCGGCAGAGCGGGCAGAGAGAGCGGCGAUGGAACAACGCAAGAAGGCGGAAGAGGAGAAGAGGGUGCAAGAGGAGCAGGCAAAGGCGGCAAAGCAGAGGCGGGCACAGAAGCAGGCGGGGUUAAAGAGGGUGGAGGUUGAGUGUGAGCAAUUUGCUAAGGCUGCUGAAGAGAAGCGGGUUCGGGUUUUGAAGCGGAAAAGGGACCUCCAGGCAGAGCGUGAGAGGAUGAAGGCUCAGUUGGAGCAUCUUGCAAGGUUAGAGGAAUCCGCAAAUGAGGAGGAGGAGAGGCAACAAAAAGAGUUGGAGGCAGAGCAGGAGAAAAUGGAGAUGGAGAGGCAAAGGAUUGCGGCGGAGGACGUGGAGGGGGCAGAAAGGCAAGGGCCAGAUGUGGAGGGGACAGCAGGGCAAGGACAGGAUGUGGGACAAGGGCAAAAUUUCGAGGGGGCAGCAGGGCAAGGGCAGCAUGUGGUGGGGGCAGCAGAGCAAGGGCAUGAUGUGGAGGGGGCGGUAGUGCAUGGGCAGGUAGGAGAGGCGGAUGAAGGUGGGUGGUUCGAGAUUCUUCGCGUGGUUUUGCUGGUCCUCGAAAAUCAACUGGAAAUUGUGGAUCUGAAGGCAGAGGGUGAGGAUCCAUUACAUCUGCCACGUGCCACAGUGAAUCAGAGACGCAGCCGCCCUUGA